CCUUCUGACGCAAGCUGAGCGACGCGAGCAGUUCCACGCCUGUGCUGUGUAGCACGGGCUUGGAACGUUGUGUCGGUCAGCUCGUGUGUAACCCCAUCCUCUCUGUAGCGUGGCGCAGCCCGGCGCACAUACAUUCUUCAGAAUGUUUAACGGUGACGAGGAGCUGAAAGCAUAUGAAGAUGAGUUGUACCGAGAGGAGUCUUCCAGCGAUGAGAGCAUUGACAGCGAAGUUGAGUUCUACCUCUAUAGCCAGGUGCACUAUUCCCAAAAUCUCAGUGAGUCCAAUGUAGCAGAAGUCGACGGAGAACCAGAGGAAAAGCAGCAAUUCAACAAUGACACCAAUGUGCGCGCUGAUUGCAAUGUUAUUACCAUCUCGGACAGUGAUGAGGUCAAGUUUUCUGAUAGCUCGGCAGUCAUUAUCCUUUCUGACACGUUGGAAGAAGACAGUGUGUAUAGUACCAAAAUUAAGAGUAAGGAGGGUAGGUCUUCCUUGCAAGGUAAGCCAACAAUCCAUUCAACACCAAUUAACUAUAAGACCAGCAAAUCCUGCAGUAAGCUUGCCAGCAGUCGGUUAUCUGGCCAGUUAAGUUCUAGCAAGAGUUACAAAGGUGGACUAGUCCAGGAAGUCUUGGUGAUCAGGGGAAGUUCUGAGGAUGAAAACGAGAGCGAGUCUGAGGAAGAUGAAACGUCAGAGAGUGACCAGAGUGAUGUGGAAAACUGGAUGUUGCUUGGAAGAGCAAAAGAGGAUGGAGAUACCAGCAUCCAGCUGAACCUUGAAGGUUAUAGAAGCCCGCCAAGUCCAGGAGAAGGCGGUAUUGACUGGUCAAUUAGUGAAAGAGAUUUAGAGGCGCAGAUUGGGAACUAUAAUCCUCUGCGACGGUCCAACCGGUACUAUACAGAUAAGAAUGUUGUCUGCAGGAAUUGUGAUAAAAGGGGGCACCUGUCCAAAAAUUGCCCUACUCCUAGGAAACAGCCAGCUUGCUGUCUUUGUGGUGAAAGAGGACAUUUUCAGAACAGUUGUCCAGCACGGUACUGUUCAAACUGCUUCCUACCAGGACACUUCUCUCAAGAGUGUAUUGAAAGAGCUUAUUGGAAGAAGAGCUGCCAUCGAUGUUCCAUGACUGGUCACUAUGCUGAUGCUUGCCCAGAAAUAUGGAGGCAGUACCACCUAACUGUAAAACCAGGACCUAUCAAGAAAUCAAAGCUGAAGUCUGGACAAAAGGAUCUUGUAUUCUGUUGCAAUUGUGCCAGGAAAGGCCACUGCAGCUAUGAAUGCUCAGAAAAGCGGAUGUACAAUGGAACCUUUCCCACCUGUCAACUUGUCUUUAGCUAUGAUCGGGAUCAUGAUAUUUUGAAAAGAAACGAGAGGGCAAAAAAUAAGAUUAAAGAGCUUCGAGAUGUUGGCCUCUUGCCGUUUGAAAUAACGAAACCCUACAUGGACAAGGAACACAAUAUGCCACCAUCGAAAAAAAUGAAGAAAAAACAUCUCAAAGAAUCCAGACGUCUGCACAGAGAACAACAACAAAAACAUACCUCGAAAAAAAAGGCAUUUUUAGAUAUAGUAAAAGAGAGGAAGCUUAAUAAAAAAAAGAAUGUCCUACAUAGUCAAGAGGCAGAUCAGGACUUCCCUAGAGGAAAUUCAGUGAAGUCUGUUAAGGGCAAAAGAAAACAUUUUGAUAACUUUUCCGACAAGUUAUUCAGCGAAUCCAAGAAAAGUAAGUCAGCAGAUGGGCUUUUUAAGUCACACAAAAGGAUCAGACAGAGGAAGAAGAAAGGCAACCAAAGCACCAUAGAUGACAGUUUACUUAUAAUUAAACAAAGGAAGAAGAAAUCAAAAAGGAAUGUUGACUAGGAACAGUAUGCUUACCAAGCCUUAAAGGUUCUAUAUGUAUACCAGAUCUACUGUGCUAAGGACCGCUUACAUUGAAACAUCCAUUAUUAUACUGCUGGUGGGAAGCAUACAAAUUGAAUGCUAUUAAAUUAAAAGGACCUACAGGUUGUUUUUUAAUGUUGGACGCAAAGUGCCUGUCCUUCGCAAUUGGACAGUAGCACUUUAGCAAAAUGAAAGCUGCCUCAGGUUUUUAGGCACAGUCAUGUUUAUCUCUCAUGAAGAAGACAAAAUUCUGAUAUGCCAAACAAGUGCAUCUUUCUACCUACAUUUUUUGGGCAUUCCCUAAUAAAAGAGAGAUCAUUUGA